UUGGGCGGUUUAUAUACCUAUGAGUUUGCCUUAGUAUAGUAUUACCAUGCGGUUUGGUAUCAUUUUAGAACCAAAUUGCAGCGCAUUGAUAAUGGUGAGAGGCUGCAGAUGUUCACACAUGUGCAUGCAGCUGUAACCAUGUUCUGAUUAUGUAAAGCGGGGUGGGCUUAGUUCGAGUAUUUCUUCCGGGUUGAGGUGGCGAAGGAAGGGAUGAGCCGUGAUGCUGUCUGUGCUUCACACAGCCACAGCAGCAGCGGCAACAGCCGAGCUCCUCUUUCUCCCUCCUCAGUCAGUCAGAGUCACACAGAGGCAGGCAGAGGCAGCACGUCCGUCCGUAGAGAGGGGGAGCUCACAUCGCACAGCUGCUGCUUCUGACCGAGCCGACAUCCUCAUUCACGGUCUUAUCACAUGGAUUCAUCCUCUGCUCUGAAUCCGUUUUUUGAUACUUAACGGUGCUCCUGGAGUCGCGGUCAGUGUGAACCAGACAUCAUCAGGGGCUCGGAUUUUUUUUUUUUAGCUGAUUUGUCUCGACGACACGCAGAGAGGACCUCACCCCCCUCAACCCCUUCUCCCUCCCUCCACCACAAUCGCUAGCUCGCUAAGCUAGCUAGCCCGCUAAUUUAGCUGUGACACUUACUGGCGUCAGUUUUCUGUCUGCGGUCUCUUGCGCCAUAAAGGCAAAUUCAAGAGCUUCGUCAUUCCAGGAGCAUGUUUGAGUGACGAGCGAAGGAAGAAGUGGCAUCUCUGUGGCUCCGCCCCCCUCUGCUGGUGGAGCAUACUACAUAUCCGACCAGAGACCCCUAUAGUCACAUUGAGAGGAUGCGGAGGUUUGCCUACUGCAAGGUGGUUUUAGCCACCUCUCUGGUGUGGGUGAUGCUGGACAUGUUCAUUCUGCUCUACUUCAGUGAGUGCAACAAGUGUGAAGACAAGAGGGAGAGAGGACUGCCCGGCAGAGAGAAUGCUCUCACCAGGCCGCGGGACGGGCCGGGUGAAGGGGGGAAGCCUGUGGUGAUCCCUAAGGAGAACCAGGAGAAGAUGAAGGAGAUGUUUAAGAUUAACCAGUUCAACCUCAUGGCCUCAGAGAUGAUUGCCCUCAAUCGCUCACUGCCUGAUGUCCGCCUGGAAGGGUGCAAGAACAAGUUAUACCCCGAUAAUCUUCCACGUACCAGUGUCGUGAUUGUAUUUCAUAAUGAGGCAUGGAGCACUCUGCUGCGAACUGUCCACUCUGUCAUCGACCGCUCUCCACACACGCUGUUGGAGGAGAUUGUCCUGGUGGACGAUGCCAGUGAGAGAGAUUUCCUGAAGCGGCCACUUGAGCAAUACGUCAGAAGGCUUGAAGUCCCUGUCAAAGUAGUGAGGAUGGAUCAACGGUCUGGACUUAUUCGUGCUCGUCUCAAAGGAGCGUCCAUCUCCACUGGCCAGGUUAUAACCUUUCUUGAUGCUCAUUGCGAAUGUACAACAGGCUGGCUCGAGCCUCUGCUCGCCCGCAUCAAGCAAGACAAGAGAACAGUUGUGUGCCCCAUCAUCGACGUGAUAAGCGAUGACACAUUUGAGUACAUGGCAGGAUCGGACAUGACGUAUGGAGGCUUUAACUGGAAACUCAACUUCCGUUGGUAUCCUGUACCGCAGAGAGAGAUGGACCGGCGCAAAGGAGACCGCACGCUGCCCGUCAGGACUCCCACCAUGGCAGGUGGCUUGUUCUCCAUAGACAGAGAUUAUUUCCAGGAGAUUGGCACGUAUGACGCAGGCAUGGACAUCUGGGGUGGAGAGAACCUGGAAAUCUCUUUCAGAAUCUGGCAGUGCGGUGGGACUCUAGAAAUUGUCACAUGUUCACAUGUGGGUCACGUGUUCAGAAAGGCGACGCCCUACACAUUUCCUGGUGGAACGGGACAGAUCAUCAACAAAAACAACCGACGCCUGGCAGAAGUAUGGAUGGAUGAAUUUAAAAACUUCUUCUAUAUUAUCUCUCCUGGUGUGACCAAAGUGGACUACGGUGACAUCACAUCUCGCACUGGUCUGAGACAAAAGCUUCAGUGUAAACCCUUCAGUUGGUACUUGGAGAACGUCUACCCCGACUCCCAGAUCCCCAGGCACUAUUACUCCCUGGGAGAGAUUCGCAAUGUGGAGACGAACCAGUGCCUGGACAACAUGGCCCGCAAGGAGAAUGAGAAGGUCGGCAUUUUCAAUUGCCACGGCAUGGGAGGCAACCAGGUUUUCUCUUACACAGCCAAUAAGGAGAUAAGAACUGACGACUUGUGUCUAGAUGUGUCUAAGUUAAAUGGCCCUGUCAUGAUGCUUAAGUGUCACCACCUCAAAGGCAACCAGCUCUGGGACUAUGACCCUGUGAAGCUGACUUUGGUCCAUGUUAACAGUAACCAGUGUUUGGACAAGGCCAGCGAGGAGGACAGUCAGGUGCCCAGCGUCAGAGACUGCACACACACGCGCUCUCAACAGUGGCUGCUCCGCAACGUCACACUACCAGAGGUCUUUUGACCACAUUCCACACACCAAACACACACACACAGCAGCCCAGAGUAAGCAAUGAGGGGAAUGGAUGUGUGGAUUAAAAUUGGGCGCCAGGAAAGGAAAGACUGCCCAUAAGGGGGACUCCAGAAGGGAGGAGGAUGGAUUAGAUGGUACUACCUCUGCGUCAAAUCAGAGGGAGGAGUGUGUUUGACCCUCCUCAGAACAGCGGAGAGAGAAGAGACUCCUUUUAUGUUUGUUUGUUUUGGGGUUUUUUUAAAAGAGAUUUUAACCACACUGAGUGACUCACACUUAUGUGAUCAUGAGACUGCCUGGUGGAGUUGAGGUUCUGCACUCUGAGCUUCCUUGAACAAAGCGGUCCACCCCUCAACUCAUCACUUUACUGACUGGUUUACUGACUGCCUCUUUUCAGAGAGUGUGCACUUAUAUGUAUGUGUGUGAGUGAGUGAGUGUAUCUUGAGAUGAAUGUAUGCUUUGAGAACGGGGCUGAAUUCUUUGUUGAAUUUUUUUUUUAUUUAAUUUUGUAAUGGAUUUUGAAAAUGACCUCUGGUGAACUCUUAUGAAGAAGAGUGCAUGAGAACGUGUGAAUGUGUGAGACUGUGGUGUGCACGUGUCAGAGCCCCUCCUGUAGUCUUGCAACAGUGUAUGUCUCCCUCUGGUGUUCGUCCUUGGCAUUUCAUCCUACAGACUGAAGCCUUCUCAUUGGAAGAAUUUUUCAAGGAACUGAAAAUAGGAAAAAAAACAACUUACUAAAAGCGAGACGCCUAAAUAUGAAAACCCUACGUCUGCUGUCAGCAGAAAUCUAGUGAUAGAGAAAAAUGUUGUUUGUGAUAUCUUGAGAUUUCUAUGUCCAGUUUUUACAUGGCUUUGUCUGUUUUUACAGUCCUGUGCCACAGAGCAGUAACUCCAUCUCUGUCUGUCUUUAAAAAUGUUUCACAUAGAGCUAACAUGCACACGUACAGAGGACUCUGCAUAUGCAUCUGAUGUUCACUGCCUAACGUAGUGUUAAACCUAGGGAAGUCCCCUUAAGGAACUGCAGUUUCUCACACAUACAAACACAAACAACACACACAUCAUUUAUACAUAUAGAAAAAUAAGGCUCAUUAGCCUGAUACUUAAAUUCAUUUUAGCAUAUCCACUUCUCAACAACCUCUUCAAUAUACACUCCAAGGGCUUUUUUUCCUCCAAUGGAGUGUCAGGGAGGAUGUGACGUCAGUUUAGGUGCGAGCGCGUCUUCAGUGCUAAUCAGUUCUGCAGCUUUCAGUUUACUCAAACACACAACUCUCAGAAUCUACACUGUUGGAAAACCAAGAGUCCAUAGCAUAGGCUGACAGCAGAUCAGCGUUUUCCUGCUUCUGUUGUACAAAAAGUGAGAAAAAAAAGAAAAAAAAAAGAGCUGCUUUUAUUUGCUUAUCAGAGUCGAGCCUCUGCGCUCCUCUGAGGACAUAUCUACAGUAGAAAACGAUGCCUGGAAAGCAUUUAGAACAUCAGAGAAGUAACUCAAGUGUGUUUUUAAUCAGGGACAGAGUAACAACAUGAAGAGUGGAUGGAGUUAGAGUGUUUGAUUGUGGAUUACAAAGAGCACAGCAGCAGCAAACAGCAUAUCUUAAUCCAUAACUACAUAUCUGACUUUACAGAGCUCACCUGCAGUAUUUCACUAUUUAUCUACGUGAGCCGGACGGGCUCAUGGUUACAUCCAUGUGUCCUGUCUUUCUCAAUAUUUUUUUGUAUCACUCCUACUGCAGCAAGUCAGAGUAGGAGGUGUUCUAACCAUUUCAGCUUCCUCCAGUGGAGGAAGGGUUUAUACAUAGGGAACACUAUUGGUUCAUCUUUGUCGUGGACACGUUAGUGAUAAGAGGCUGUUGACUGAUUUUAUUUUAUUAAUUUGUCCCAUGUCUUAGCAAGUUACUGUGGUGAAGAUGUGAACGGAUUUUGGUUCUGAUACCAAGGGACUGGAGUGUAUUGGUUGAAAUUAUUUUCGGGGCGGGGGGGGGUUUGCAGUUGACUGAAAUGUCCAGGCUUCCACACUGAGCUGAUCCAAAUGUAGAAAAUAAAGAUGAAAAGUUUACAGAA